UGCGAACCAGUUGGGCGCUGACUUUGCAAACGUUUUCACGACCGAUCGAUCGUCUCACCAGUUGUCCCGUUCCCCAGUCGCAGUCGCCGCCGCAGUCGCCGUCGCAGUCGCCGUCACAGCCGUACUUGCUCGCCUCCAACUAAAAAGUAGAAAAAAGUCUAUUACAUAAAUACGACAAAAAAAAAAAAACAACAACCAAAAUAAUAAUCAGCAGCAGCAAAAAAAAAACCCACAAAAUAAUACAACAAAAAUCUUAUGCAAAUGCGUUUUCCAAAAAAUAAUUAAGCGGCCGCCUCAAGAUUUGGCAAGAAAGUCUUUUUUGCAGUGCCUUAAAGAUUUGCGGAUUUGCGGAUUUCUGGUCUCGGUUUUUGGAUUUACCCCGCAGCCUCCUCCUCCACCACCACCUCCUCCAGUGCAGUCUCCAAAAAGCCAUGUGCCUGCCAUAAGCCAUAGCCCAGAAGCCCGUAGCCCGAAGCCCGAAGCCAGAAGCCAUAGACCUACGCUUCCUAAUUGACAACAGAAGAGCCAACUAAAUGGACGCGUAGCAAACGGCCCAAAAGAGCCAGCGAGCGAGAGUCGAGAGUUGAGAGCGUGAUUUGGAUUUGCAUCGUGAUAUCGAAACAGAGCGAGCAGCCCGCCAGCAGGCCAGCCAGAGGCGAAACACCUCAACGAGGAGCCAGAGAAACAAAAUUCACGCCAAAAUGUUCAACGCCACAAAAAUGGUUUACAGUUAUAGAAUUUUAUGGCUUUCCGGCGUUUUACUAGCUCCCAUCCUGCUGGCCGCCAUUGCGGUUCAGGGCCAAGAGCCAGCCAGUCCAGUAUUUCAAAAUCACAAGACGAAGGAAUGGACGAAUUUAGAUAAUAUAACAUUCUCAUUCGAUUGCAAGCGGCGUUCGGUGGGCUUCUAUGCCGAUAUGGAGUACAAUUGCCAGAUCUUCCAUAUGUGCGACGAAGAGGGCAAUCGGAUUCCACACCUGUGCGCCAACGAGACGAGCUUCAAUCAGGAAUACAGAAUCUGCGAUUGGGACUACAAUUUCAAUUGCACAGAGUCACCCAAAUGGUUCUAUCUGAAUGAACUGACUUACGCCACGGAUCCGCCAGAUGAAGACGAUGAGGAUUACUAAAUCGAUUUGCACUUAACUAAAUAUUUAUUGUCUUUGCAAAAGAACAACAAACUAAUUAAAUUAAAAUGCGUGUAAAAUUCCAUGAAAUGAAAAUGAUAAUGAAAAUGAUAUGAUAUGAAUAUUAAUUUAAGCGACUUGUUGACAAUUUUUGUUGAGUUUCGUUUUGUAAUUUUUUUUUUUUUUGUAUUUUAGUCUAAUUGCGUAACGAUAGAGCUAGCGAUAGGUCUAGAAAUAGAGAGACAGAGGAAGAGGAGGCGAAGGAGAAGGAGAACGAGUCGUGUUGUGUAUAUAAUGUAUAUAGAGAUGGUCCCCCCCACACCCACACCCACACCCACUAACCCCCCCCCCCUUUUUUUUUGCUAUUUGAAAUUACAUUCCCGAUAGUCCCCGGAACAACUGCGGAUCCCCCCCCCCCACCCCCCAAUUGUAUAAUUUACAAAUAACCUUCGUAUAAGCAAAGUUCAAACGAAAUAAAAACGAAAUCAAAUUCUGCUGCUACCCCA